UUCAUCUUCUCAGGUGAUGGCCGUAUAGUACCCUCACACCGCAGCACACAUUCUCGUACCUCCGCCACUUCAGCGUGCUACGGAAAUGACGGAGACAUAUUAUACACCCGACCGCGAUUUCUUGAUUCGCGAAUUCCGAGACAACCCUGAAUAUACCUUACAUACCGCUGUAGUCCACGGCAACCUCCCCCAGAUCCGAGAGCUACUGACAGCCGACUACGACAUUGACAAGCUCCACGAUUACGAGGGAACAUCUAAAGGCCGGGGCACACCACUACAUGUAGCAAUAUGGAGCAACCAGCCCGCCGCCUUCGAGCUUCUCAUCAUCCGGGGCGCCGACAUCGACCUCGUGGAUGCUGGAGAUGAAAUGCGCUUUCCAGAUACACCCAUUCGUGUGGCCGUACGCCUUGGCCGUCGCGCCAUGUUCAAGCGACUCUGGGACUUGGGCGCAGAACGCAACAAAUAUCCUUCCAAUAUGCGUACCCGCCACUCACUCGUCGAAGUUGCUGCGUGCGAUGGGCAAGCACACGUCCUUCGAGAUCUACUUCACUGGGACGAAAGCUGGACCGAGGACCAACGGAUUCGAGCGUUGAUGAUGGCGUGCAAUCAAGGCCAUGUCCUCGUGAUAACGACUCUACUUGGCGAAUGCGCGUACAGCACGACCGUCUUGGAGAAUGCAAUAAGUGCCGCGAUGGUCGCUGAAUUUCCUUUGGAUACCUGGUGCAAAGCCUCGGAGCAUGAAAAAAAGCGUAAGCAGCAAGAACGCUCGAUGCGCCGGGCGGCGACUGUAAUGCACUUGCUAGAUGAGCAUAACCGCGUCGGAAGCGUAGAUGGUACUCAGACAUACGACUGUUCCGCACUCUUGAAUCAACUGGUGUAUAGAGGGGCCGCAUCACAAGGCUAUGUCGAUGUGCUGAGGCUCGUGCUUGCUAAAGGGGCGGAUCCGAAUGUAGUGGGUAGAGAGGGAAAUACCCCGCUACAUAAGGCGAUGACCCGAGGCGGUCAUGGUAUGGGGGAUUACAAUGAGAAAGGGGUUGUAGUGCUUUUGGAGCAUGGUGCAAAGGUGGAUGUACGGAAUGAGAAGGGAGAGACGGUGGGAGAUAUCGCGAAUAGAGAAAGGAAAUAUAAGGAAAGAUGGGUCAGAGGUUGAUGCAGAAUGGGUAAUCUGGGUCGACGAUGGAGCUUUAGGCAGAGGGUCUGGUAAGCCGCCCGGGGCGUUAAAUCCGCUGCUCCCCAGUGCAGAGGAUAUAUAUACCUAAGC